AAUGAAGACAUCGCGUUUAUCGAAUAUUGUAUUUCACCGAAUCGGAUACAUUUUUUUUCCAGAUAUGUAGAUACUCUUUCUGAGCAGAGCGAAGGGAAACGGCGUUCCAGAGCCAGCUGUCAUAUGUGUUUAUUUCCAGAGAGGUCGGUGGCUGUCAACGUGCCUUUCUUCCGUCUAUCUACGGACUGUGCUGCGCCAUUGAAAUUCUGCACGUCAGGCACAAUUUGCCGUGCUUUGGCUUGAAGUUCGCAAAAUUGUGACACAUUUUGUCCGCGUUUUUAGUUUGUAAUUUAGAUAUAGCUGCCUUCACAUACUGCAGUGUCGCGUGGAACGCGCGUCGAGGACGUAGUCUGGAAAGUUUCCUUGUAAUUUAAUUCAGUGGGACGCGCUUCGUUUAUACUUUUUUUUAAAAAUCGGACUUGUUGGUUUUAGGCACGGUCUUCGCAAUGGGUUGUCAUUCGUAAAUGACAUUUUAUACUUUGGGCUCAACUUUUUUUUUUUUUUUUUACUCACUCAGUCGUGUGUUUAUAGCUAGCAAUUAUAGAAAAACGUUAAUAAAAAGUUAGCGUUUUGAAAGGUAGUUACGUAACGUUAGCUGGCUGCCAUUGUGUGGGCGAGUUUGGCGAAACUUGUGAAAGCGAGGUAACGUUGCAAGUAAUCGAACAAACUUUUAAAAAACGUGUGUUUUAAAAAUUGAUAUAUAUUUUAUUUUCAAGUUUACUUGUUCACUUGAUAAGUGUAUUCGCUUUAAAUUGAUUCUAUAGUCAAGCGGACGUGUGUUUUUGACAGAUUUUCCGAGUUCAGUCCUGUUUGUCUUUAGAGGGGCGUUUACCCUGAAGUGUCAAACUAGCUGCCCGGACUCAGUUUGCUACAUGUAUGUGCACAAGCUAAUCUGUAGCUAGCUAUGAUAUUAUUUAACGGUCAAUGAUUGUUCUAACGUUAUUGUACUGCAUCAUAGCAAGCUUUUUGGUAAUGUCAAUGCUUAUAUUCUCCUUGAAUCUUUUAUAGCGAAUUCAUGUUUUCUUGUGCUUAAUGUCUGAUUUACAUCUAGCUAGCAAGCUGAAUUCGGUGCAUUGCUAGCAAACGUACAUGGCUAAUUUUUGACGGCAGCUACUUUCUUUUAAUGUUUGACACCCCCAGAUAUUUAGAUUUGUUAGCCAUUUCGUGCGCUGUUAUUUUCUUAAUCUAUGUCAAGGCUUUUUAACUAGCUAACGUUUGAUAUAUUUCCGUCUCGCGUGGAAAGUAGAAAGCCAUUCAGCUAACGUUGCACGAUAAAUAUUGGCUCUGAAGACUGUUCGGAAACCAUAGAUCUCAUAAUUCCAGCAAACUCGAACUGGAGAUGAACUAGCUUGGAAAACUCCCCAAGUUUUGAUACAGGAUCAAGAUAUGGAUCCAGGUGGACUGAAACACAGCAAGGACAAGGGCUUGGCUUUCGGUAAACUGUCAGAGAGCAGUGUAGAAGGAAGCUUCUCGGGUGACACAGGUGAUUCCAAGUCCACCACAUCAACCUCCAUGAUGCAUCUGCCAGGCUCCAGACCCCAGCCACCAGCCAGAGACUCCGCCAACGGACUGAAUGUCUCUACGACUCAGAUGGAGCUCUCCACAGGGGGACUCACUAUAGAGGAGGCUGAAGUGAAGGUAAUGGAGAAGGCCCUUAGAAUGCAGCAGCCACAGAAACCGCAGCAGAACCAACAGCUGUUUGAGAACUUUGCUCUGUUGGAGGCGAGUAUUGCAGAUUUGAAUCGAUCCAACACCCCAGGGAGCUCUGUACUUGGACGCCCUCAUGACCUUUUCUCUCUGAAAACGGAGAACUUCUCACCCAUGGAUAAAGACAGGCUUGACAUGGGGUCAGUCAGCUUUGGACAGUCACAGAAGGACUUGGAUGUCAACGAGAGGCUCCUUGGCGACAAUACAAUGGACAUUCUGCAAGAUUUGGACUUGCCUGGCUCUCUGUCUGACCUGAAUGAGUUUUACGUGUCUGACGAGGCUGCUUUCCUUUCCUCCCUGUCAGUGGAGGAUGUCCUGCUCGAGGACGGCAACAUGGAAACCAAGCCCAUAGACUGUAGCAAUGGGGGAAACAGUACAAAUGUGGACAGCGCGGACCAGCAGAAGCAGCUUCUGGAGCCAGGUGUCUCCAUGCCUGUCAUCAAGACGGAGGAGGAUGCUGACACCUCCUUCAUCCAACUUUGCACCCCAGGGGUCAUCAAGCAAGAGAAUGAUCGUCGGAGCUAUUGUCAGAUAUCCAGCCUGGACUUGCCUAGUACCCACAACUUGGUGGGCUCCAUCAGUGGGCAGAGUUACCCCUAUGGAGCAAACACCUCGACGGCAGUGAGUCUUCAGCAGGAUCAGAAGCCUGUCUUUGGCCUGUAUCCCCCACUGCCCUCGGUCAGUGACAGCUGGAACAGAGGCAACGGAUACGCGACUGGAUCAGGGAUGUCGAGCUCAUCUUUUCCUGUCAGCUUCAGCAGUCCAAAGGCGAGACCCGAGGCCAGCGGCUCUGCGUCGUCAGCCCCUGCCAAGCCCAGCGGUCCAACCCAUAAGAUCUGCCUGGUGUGUUCAGAUGAGGCGUCUGGUUGCCACUAUGGAGUCCUCACCUGCGGAAGCUGCAAGGUCUUCUUCAAGAGGGCAGUUGAAGGAUGGAGAGCACGACAAAACACCGAUGGACAACACAACUAUCUGUGCGCUGGGAGGAACGACUGCAUCAUAGACAAGAUCCGCAGGAAGAACUGCCCGGCAUGCCGCUUCCGCAAGUGUCUCCAAGCAGGGAUGAAUCUGGAAGCGAGGAAAAACAAGAAGCUGAUCCGAUUAAAAGGUCAGCAGACGACGAUGGAGCCGAACCCUCCCCCACCUGACGAGAGGGCUUGCGCCUUGAUCCCCAAGUCCAUGCCCCAGCUGGUACCCACCAUGCUAUCCCUGCUCAAAGCCAUUGAGCCGGAGGCCAUUUACUCUGGCUACGACAGCACCAUUCCCGACACCUCCACCCGCCUCAUGACCACCCUCAACAGGCUGGGCGGACAGCAGGUUGUCUCAGCCGUCAAAUGGGCCAAGUCCCUACCAGGGUUCCGGAACCUUCACCUGGAUGACCAGAUGACCCUGCUGCAGUGCUCCUGGCUGUUCCUCAUGUCGUUCGGCUUGGGCUGGCGCUCCUACCAGCAGUGUAACGGGGGGAUGUUGUGCUUCGCCCCUGACCUGGUUAUUAAUGAUGAGAGGAUGAAGUUGCCAUACAUGACCGACCAGUGUGAGCAGAUGCUGAAGAUUUCCACUGAGUUUGUGAGGCUGCAGGUGUCCUAUGACGAGUACCUGUGUAUGAAAGUCCUACUGCUGCUCAGCACAGUACCAAAGGAUGGAUUGAAGAGCCAGGCUGUGUUUGAUGAGAUCCGCAUGACCUACAUCAAGGAGCUGGGGAAGGCCAUCGUCAAGCGGGAAGAGAACUCCAGCCAGAACUGGCAGAGGUUCUAUCAACUUACUAAGCUAUUGGACUCCAUGCAAGAGAUGGUGGGGGGUCUCCUGCAGAUCUGUUUCUACACAUUUGUGAAUAAAUCCCUGAGCGUGGAGUUCCCGGAGAUGCUGGCUGAGAUCAUCAGCAACCAGUUACCGAAAUUCAAAGAUGGGAGCGUCAAGCCACUUCUGUUUCAUGCCUUAAACCAUGACACAAUGCCUUAAAACCCCAGCCUCCCCUGCCUUCCGUCCUCUCGCCCGCCCGCCAGCCAGCCAGCCAGCCAGCCAGCCACACCCGCCUAUUUUCCCUGCAGAUGGCCCAGGACCCCCACCAGUACGGAUUAAUGUAGAGAGAGCAUGCUCCUGAAUCGGUUUCCCAGAGGACUCCGGUGGAGAAAUAGAACUUGCAAAGGAGAAUGACACAGUGACCGAGCGACAGGUCACAACCUAGACUGACCCUUCUGAAUCAAACAAAAACUGUUCUGGAGUCGUGUUUAGACCAUGAAUCACUUCAUAACAGUAGAUUAUUGUGAGAUUGGAGGAAUCAAAUUUUACCAAUGAAAAGAGAUUCAUAUUUUGAAUUGAUUUUAUGCAUGCACACACUGGCUCUUUUUUUUACACAAGAUUAUCAGAAAAGGGAAAAUGUGCCUUUUUUUGGUUUAGCUUUGCAGACUGUCUAUAGCUAUUCUUCUCAAACUGUCAAAAGCAAGUAUUUUGCAUAGGAAUCUAAUAUAAACACUUUUGUAUGCAUUUCUAUCUGUUAAUCACAAUGGUAGUUUCUGUUCUCUUAACAGCCAUGUUUCUUUUCUCAAGUGGGCCUCUUAAUGAUCCCCAGAAGUGACCUAGCGAGAGUGAGCUCCUUAUGUAAGGUAAUCCCACAUGUAUGUCCAAUUUCAUUCUCCGCAACCUUUCGGUAGUUGUUAUACUCAAAAGCAUCAAUAAUGCUUUGUGGUAUUAAUUAUUCAUAAGGAGAAUUUGGUUCCUGCCCAUGUCUGGGCUUAUGUCACAUACAGAAUGUCAGAAUUCAACCGUGGGGAAAAAAGAUUCACAUUUGUUAUAGGUGAAACAUCAGUUCAACCUUUACAGUACCAGGCAAAAGUUGACACACUUAUAGUCAGUCCAGGGUUUUUAUUUAUUUUUACUAUUUUCUACAACAACAACAAAAAUAUACCAGUGAAAAUCAGGUUGAGAGAAUGUCAAGAGUGUGCAAAGCUGUCAUCCAGGCAAAGUGUGGCUACUUUGAAGAAUCUCAAAUAUAAAAUCUAUAUAUUUUUGGUUACUACAGGGAGAUGGGAUGGGAGUUUGCAGCAGUGGCUAAUGAUUGUCUGUGAGUGAGAGAGACAGAAAGUAAUGACCUAAUGAUUGUCUGUGAGUGAGAGAGACAGAACGUAAUGACCUGAACAAGUUUGUUCAUAUGAUAUGAAAACGGAAGUAUUUAUUUUCAAAGUUGUCAAACCCUAUUUCUUAUGAUGCGUGAAGCUGAGUUUGAGAGCAUACGCACAGUCACUAUUCUCUGGGAGUUGCAAAUUCUGUCAAAUGUCACAAGCUCUUCAGUUUGGCCCCUUUUACCACCACCUGUAUGUAUUAUACUAGUGCCAAACCAGAACUGUGUCAUUGUUUUGCUGUCCAAGCAUUAUUAUUCUAUGCUUCAGGGUGCUCAUUUUAUAAAAAAUAUUAUUGGGUAAAAAUAUUAAGUACACCAGCUAAACGAGGAAUACAAGUAUUGAUUGUUGUUCACUAGAUCAUGUAAAUGUUUUCAAGCCAUUUUGUAUACUUGUACUCUGAGACUCUUGAACUUGCAAUGGUGUUUUGUAAUGCUAUCAAAGUAUGGUGACCUGCACAUUUCCCUGUGAAAAGGAAGUUCGCAGUCCCCGCUAGAAGUCAUUCUCGCUCUCUUGAGGUAAUCGCCAAACACCAGCUUAUGCACAAAGUAACAUGGCUUUUGGAGUGCAAGUGCAGAAUCAUUGCUAUAAGGCUUUCUACUUGGCCUUAUUCCAACUUCUAAGCUCCUUCUUCGUAAUCAUUAUGCCAGGAUUGUUAACAAUGGCAGCCAUGUGGUCUAACUACCUCAUGUAGUCAUCCUUUCAGUCAGACUGCUGGAAUGACCACGUGAGAUGGAUCCCCUGGUGAUUGCUCUCUGUGCGUGUUUUGGGGGGGAGAUUGACAUAUUUUGGUUUACUUUCACGUAGUGUUAGAGGACUGUCUCUGGUCUGGUCUUCGAUUGGUCAAGCCAGCUUGAUCAUAUCCUAAUGAUCACUGUAUUGCCGUAGACGUACGUACAUAUAGGGUAACAUCCCCUGAAGUUUUGAUUAAUACAUGUUUCAUGACAACUUUUGACAGAAUACCUGUAUAUUCCUAUACAAAUGUUUUUUUGUUUUUUCCAAACAAGUUUCACUUAAGGCCUUGCGAAAGGGAGACAGAGAGCCAUAUAAACAUGUGGGUUUAAAUUCAGGAAAACUUAACUGUCAAUGCUUUUGAAAAUGGAUUUCUUUUAAAACCAUUUUCAGUAAUUUUGAAUAUCAGUUUGAUCCUCUUUGAUAUGAAUAAUUUUACUGUCUUUUUGUGCAUUUGAUGAGUAAGACAGUAAUUGUUUUAUUUUUUCUGUUGGUUUGUGUUUGACAAAGAUAAAUGUAUUGCAUAUGUACUUAGAAAGUGUUAAUAAGUUGUCUGACUAAAUAUAAAUUCUAUAAAUCAAUGGGAAAGAUUAUAUGAAAGACCACUUUGUUUUAGAAAAUGUGGGUUUUGGGAGGGGAUGAAGGACUGGAGUAUAUUUUGUAUAGUGCAACAGAGUUGCCAAAGCAGAGAGAUCAGAAGUAUUCAAGCAGCCAGUUACAUUUACAGUAGCACUUAUUAUCCAAUUAUAGUACCUAUUUUUAAAUAUAUUUUGUAAUGGUCUAGGCUUUGGUCUCUUGUAUAUUGCUGUGAGGAUUAACCAGUCAUUUAAAAAUAGAUUUAAAAAAAGGUAUUUGUGUGAAAGUAAUCUACCAGAGAAUUUGCACUACCACGUUUCAUAAUAAAUAGGAAAGGAGGUAGGUCUGUACUCAAGUCUUUGCAGUGAAAGAAAAUAAAUUGUCGUUUUUCACUGCCAACACUAAAUAUUGACCUGCCUCAUUUCAGAGUGAUUUGUUUUGGUCUACGAACCACAAAACGGCCUACAAGAAUCUACAAAUAUAUGUUAAUUCACUACCUCAUCUCAACCUCAUACUGGUUGAGAGAGUAUUUUCUGUAUAAAAUACAUGCAAAUAGUAUCUUUAAAGAUUGAGGGUAGAUCAUAUUUCACUGGUAUAUGGCUUUCAUUAAAGUCUGUUCUGUUUGUAUUUCAGUUCUGUACAUGUAAUCCAAAUGUAAAGAAUAUAUACAUUGUCUAUUUGUUUACAAAAUAGUUUGUAUUACCGCUGUCAAUGUCAAUAUUUUCACCAAUUUGAUUAAAUGUUGGACUAAAAUGUCUGUAGUUCUGGUUGCUCUAGUUUCACUUCACGACCUCCUAGAUGAUUAUCAAAUGUUUCUCCAGAUAAACCUGUUCAUAAAAUAAAAGAUUGCUCAAUCA